GCUGACGUGAGCUUGGCGCACCUGGGCCGGGCAGGUAAGGGCCGGUGCGGGAUCGGGAGCGGAGCCCGCAGUCCCUACCUGCGCAGAGCCAGGUGUUGCUUGCUCAACCGGGCGAGGAGCGCGGUGAUCGCAACUGGGGACUUGGUUCGAAGGGACGUUCGCUUCUGGCAGCCGGAUUGAAGAAAGGCACCCAGUCUGGGCAGGCCUUUGUUUCCCUGCUGCCACCUAAUGUUAUCUGCCACACUAUGCUGUGUCCUUGUAUUCUGAUGAGAAUCAAUUGCAGACUUUACCCAGGCUGGCUUCUGCAACCAAUCAGUUCAACUCAGCCUCUGUGGGGAGAUAAACAGACCCAGAACCUUUGGGUGUCCCAGAGAAAGGAAAACUGACUUGAGGCCCAGCUCUCAGAUCCCCGUGGAUACACUGCCUGCUCAUCUAUAUCAUGGCCCUCCACCCCCGCAGAGUUCGGCUGAAGCCCUGGCUGGUGGCCCAAGUGGAUAGUGGCCUGUACCCUGGGCUCAUCUGGCUACACAGGGACUCCAAACGCUUCCAGAUUCCCUGGAAACAUGCCACCCGGCAUAGCCCCCAGCAAGAGGAGGAAAAUACCAUUUUUAAGGCCUGGGCUGUGGAGACAGGGAAGUACCAGGAAGGGGUGGACGACCCUGACCCAGCUAAAUGGAAGGCCCAGCUCCGCUGUGCGCUCAACAAGAGCAGGGAAUUCAACCUGAUGUACGAUGGCACCAAGGAGGUGCCCAUGAACCCAGUGAAGAUAUAUCAAGUGUGUGACAUCCCCCAGCCCCAGGGCUCAAUCAUUAACCCAGGGUCCACUGGAUCUGCUCCUUGGGAUGAGAAAGAUAAUGAUGUGGAUGAAGAAGAUGAGGAAGAUGAGUUGGACCAGUCACAGCACCAUGUUCCUAUCCAGGACACCUUCCCCUUCCUGAACAUCAAUGGUUCUCCCAUAGCACCAGCCAGUGUGGGUAACUGCAGUGUGGGCAACUGCAGCCCUGAAGCAGUGUGGCCCAAAACGGAACCUCUGGAGAUGGAAGUACCCCAGGCACCUAUACAGCCUUUCUAUAGCUCUCCAGAGCUGUGGAUCAGCUCCCUCCCAAUGACUGACCUCGACAUCAAAUUUCAGUACCGUGGGAAGGAGUAUGGGCAGACCAUGACCGUGAGCAACCCGCAGGGCUGCCGGCUCUUCUAUGGGGACCUCGGUCCCAUGCCCGACCAGGAGGAGCUCUUUGGUCCCGUCAGCCUGGAGCAGGUCAAGUUCCCUGGUCCAGAGCACAUCACCAAUGAGAAGCAGAAGCUGUUUACCAGCAAGCUGCUAGAUGUCAUGGACAGAGGACUGAUCCUGGAGGUCAGCGGUCAUGCCAUCUAUGCCAUCCGGCUGUGCCAGUGCAAGGUGUACUGGUCUGGGCCAUGUGCCCCAUCACUUGUUGCUCCCAACCUGAUUGAGAGACAAAAGAAGGUCAAACUGUUUUGUCUGGAAACGUUCCUCAGUGAUCUCAUUGCCCACCAGAAAGGACAGAUAGAGAAGCAGCCACCAUUUGAGAUCUACUUAUGCUUUGGGGAAGAAUGGCCAGAUGGGAAACCCCAGGAAAGGAAACUCAUCUUGGUUCAGGUCAUUCCGGUGGUGGCUCGGAUGAUCUAUGAGAUGUUUUCUGGUGAUUUCACACGAUCCUUUGACAGUGGCAGUGUCCGCCUGCAGAUCUCAACUCCAGACAUCAAGGAUAAUAUUGUUGCUCAGCUGAAGCAGCUGUAUCGCAUCCUGCAAACCCAGGAAAGCUGGCAGCCCAUGCAGCCCACCCCCAGCAUGCAACUGCCCCCUGCCCUGCCAGCCCAAUAAUCAUGAAUGUCAUCUUCUCUUUUUUACAAUAUUGUACAUAUGGAUAUUUUUUAUUAUUCAGAUUUAACCAGCUUUUAAACAUUUCUUCUUUCUAACAAUAUUAGUACUGUCUGACUCUCCAAAUAUGCCUAGCUUUUAAUGUUGAUAAUUUAUGGAAAAAAAUCACCCUUCAUACUUUCCCUUUUUUUUUUUAAAGCUCCCAGUGGUAGUGUAAUGUAGUAGAAGGAGGUUUGGCCCGGGAGUUUGGACACCAGGGUUCUAGUUGCAGCUUUGCUUCCAGUGGUAUGACCUUGAACCAAGUCAUUUAACCUCUGGGCCUCAGAUUUAUUACCACAAAGUGAAGGAGUUGGAAUGAUGCCUGGAAUAAUGCCAUUUAAAACUCUGA